AUCCUUUAAAUUUUUUUGAGUGAUUUCAUUGCCCAAAAAUCUAAAAAAUGGAGAUAUCAAAAGAUCAAAACAAGAAUAUUAUGUCCAAUGAAGAGGAAGAUUUAUUAAGUGUUAUGCAAUUGCCAAUUGGUUUAGCUCUUAAUAUGGUCUUGAAAAUCACAAUGGAACUUGGUAUAUUUGAUCUUAUGUCAAAAGCUGGUCCAAAUGCACAAUUAUCUUCAUCCCAAAUUGUUUCACAAAUUCCAACAAAAAAUCCUCAAGCACCACUUAUGAUUGAAAAGAUUUUGAGUUUUCUUGCUAGCCAAUCCAUAUUGAGUUUCACACUUAAUAAGGAUGAAAAUGGAGUUAAACAAAAUUUAUUAUAUAGUUUGACAUCUCUUAGUAGAAAUCUUCUCACUAAUGAAAAAGGGGUAUCAAUUGCUCCCACAUUUCUCUUGAUGAAUGACCAAGCUAUGGUUACUCCUUGGUUUCACUUGAAGGAUGCAAUUCUUGAGGGAGAAGUACCAUUCAAUAAGGCCCAUGGAAUGGAUGUAUUUGAAUAUCAGGGAAAGGACAAAAGAUAUGCAGGGGUAACUAAUAGAUCUACACAAAGCAUCAAUAGAACAAUCAUAAAUAAAAUUCUUGAGUCCUACAAUGGCUUUCAAGAAGUACAACAAUUGGUAGAUGUUGGAGGUGCACUUGGUUUAACAAUGGCUUCUAUAGUUUCCAAAUAUCCUCAUAUUAAUGGUGUUAAUUUUGAUCUCCCCCAUGUCAUCAACAUUGCUCCUACUUAUCCUGGUGUUGAGCAUGUUUCAGGAGAUAUGUUUCAAACUGUUCCACAAGGAGAUGCAAUGUUCAUGAAGCAUGUACUCCAUGAUUGGGAUGAUGAUGAUUGCAUAAAGAUAUUGAAGAAUUGUUGGAAAUCCUUACCUAAAUCUGGUAAAUUGGUGUUAGUUGAACAUAUAAAGCCAGAAUAUCCAAAGACUGAUAUGAUUUCCAAGAAUGCGUUAUUCCUUGAUGUAUUUUUAAUGAUAGUUACUCCUGGAGGGAAAGAAAGAACGAAACAAGAAUUUGAAACCCUAGCAAAAAAGGCUGGAUUUGCUGGUUUCAAAGUCAUAAAUUCUGCAUAUGAUAUUUGGAUUAUGGAAUUGUACAAGUAGUAACUUUUUUAUUACUCUUAGUAAGGGGCGCUUUACCUUUUUAAUGGUUUUACCCGAAUAUGAAUCCGAAUUAAUCGGAUUCAGUAAAAUUCGGAUACUGAAUACCUAUGGCAAAGUGGGGAAAAAUAAAACUUGUUAUCAUGGUUUAUGUUAGCAUAUGUAUUUUUUUCU